AUAGACCACCGGGGGGCGGGGGAAAGGCCUCCUGCCCGGCCCGGCUCCCCACCGCUGCCCUGAGGGGGAGCAGGCCGCGUUCCGAGCCCUGCGGGUCGGGGUGCCCUGAGGGGGGGAGGCCGCGGGGCCUUGAGGCAGGGGGGGCUGGGGGGCUGGGAGAGUGCUGAGGUGUUCCCCCCGUAUCAGCUCUUCUGUGCCCUGUGAGAGAGGGAGCUGCUGCCCGGGGUUAGGCCCAAAGUCCCCUGUCAGGCCCAGGGCCGCCCUUCCCCUCGCCCUGCCCUUCCCUCCCGCUCCUUAGCCCUGUCUCAGGCCUUGGCAGGCCGUCUGGCCAUCCAUCCGGCCCUCUGGCCGUCCCUUCCACUGCCCUGCCCCGUCCCUGCCAUCUCCCUGGGGAAGCAGAGAGUCCCCGGGCUGCCUUCAGGGGGGAGGUUCUGCUGAGGAGAUUAAAAGUUUCCCCCUUAACAGGCACCUUGCGAGUUAUUUUGAGUUCCAACUUUCUGCCUUCCUUUUGUAGCAGUGCCUCUAAGGGGUGCGCUGUAAGGUAGCCGUCAUCUGGCGCGUUGCUCCUCCGUUUCCCCAAGAAACUGCCUUCAGGAUCUGACUAACUCUGGAUGCACCCGGUUGUCACCUUAAUUUCUCCUUUAGCUUGCUGAAAACAACCCGGUUGGGUGACCUUUGUGUUUCUUCCUUAAAAAUUGGAUCGAGGAGGUCUCUGUUUCCUUAUGCUGAUGAUGUUCACAAUGAAGGUGCAGAAGGGAUGCUUACUGUUGCCAGGCUCGGAAUGUUUACCCUACCGGUGCUCUGGUGCUGUUAGGCUGCACUCAGUGUGAGCUCUGGGCCUUAUUUCGAAAAGCCUGCGUUAUUUGAGUGUAUAAACCUUAUAAACCCAAGAUAUUCUGCGGAUAGGUGAUUCUCAAACCACGUCGGGACCACCGCUGUGGCGUGUGCUGGAGUCAGAUUUGUGUCUGACUGAUCAGGCGGAGCAGCUUUCGCUUCUGCACCGACCGGUUGGCAGAGCCAGCGAGCUGCUUCCUCAGCUGGAAGAGGAAGAGGAGUGACCUCAACUGUGCCGAGAUUUGGGAAAAUUCCCUGCCAAAAAAAUAUUUCCUGGAAAAUUCACUAGUGUUUGUGUGAGUAAAAGGUUCCAACCUUUUAUUAUUAAUUUGUAAGAACUAUUUCAUCCACUUUUGUCCAGAAGAGUCAGAAAUAAUUUGCACAGAAAUGUGCAGCAUUUUAAUGAGAGGAUUCAGAAUCACUCUAAUUUGAACUUUAUCUGGUCUGGUUGCAGGUUUUAUGACAUUUAGUGUCUUAAAAAAAAAAAAUCAAACUAUCUGACUUCACAUCAGAAAAAAAAAGAAAAAAACUGUGGCUAAAUAAAAUCUGUUGCAGCUCUGGUCAUCGAAAAAUCAUUGGCUAUUAAAUUGGACCUAAGUCAUCUUUUCUAACCUUUCGUGAUCUUGCAGCAAUGGAUGAUGAUGGAUAAAUGGAUUAGGGAGCAGCACGUGAUGGCAAACCCGUGGGAUUUGCUACGGCGCAGAAAGAAAGCAAAUUGCUUCCAAAAAAAAACCAAACUAAUUCAAAAUCCUUGGUAUCAUGCAGCCAUGCCACUGGCAAAGUGAGCAUUCCCCUGCCUCUCAAAGCUUGCUGUAUCCUUGAUCUGCUGUCUUCCUGCUGUUAAUUGAUUGCAACUCUCCGUGUCUGAUCAGGGCUACGAGUCGUUCUCGAUACGGACAUCGUACAACAUAUACUGUGCACGCCUGUGUGUAUAGAUAUGUUUAUCCUGUAUGCAUGUACAUACGUAUGCAUAUUUGUGUGCUGGCCCCCGAGUCACUCAUGUUACAAAGCAUUGGCCUCGAAGGCGUACUCAUCAAAAUAUUUUGUAGAUCCUCCAUUUUUAGCUAAUUCCCUCCAAAUGAGAGAAUUUUUACGCGCUCUCUGUGUCAAAAAGGCAAAAAUUCUGAUGUUCACUGUCGCUCUCGCUAACUUUCUAUCACUCACUCCUCGUGUGUGUAUAAGCACAUAUGUGUGUAUGCGUAUGCACAUCUGUGUAUUUAUAUGCACUGGUAUGUUUUUUGCUGUACAGGUAAUAAAGACGGGGAAAGGUUUUUGUGUUUUCUUAAUAGGUGAAGAAAUCUUGAAGACCAGAGAUUGGAACAUACUGAAUUUUAAAUUUAAAAAAAAAAAAAAAAAAAAAAAAAAAGAGUUAAAUUGUCCGGCUGUGGAAGAUGGAGCCUCAUUUUUGCAGCCACUUUGAAUCACGAGUUCAUCUCUAAAUGCACUGGGGUUUUUUUGUUUUUGUUUUGUGUUUUUUUUUUUGUUUUUUUUUUUUUGGUUUUUAUUUUUUUGAAGAGCUAACUAACCCUGGCUGUCUCCAGUCUGAGAGAGUAUUCCAAUGGACUCGCUUCCUCCAUUAGUUAUAAGCUGUUUAAAAGCGCAUCCCAUGUUUGAAUUGUGGAUGAGAGGUUCCCUUGGCAAAGUGAGGAGGAAAAUUCUUCCUACCCCUUUAUUAUUAAUUCACGGAUUCAGUGUUGGUUCGGCCUACAGGAGAAGUUAACUGGAAGUCUUUGAAGAUCGAUAACUUUGCUGAGGUUGUCCAGGGUUACUUUUAAAAAGAAGAUAUCACUGAUCACAAGCCAGUGGAAGACUCAGUCCAAGCAAGGGUCAAGACUUCUCUCCACAGGGACUGCUCUUGGAGAGAGCUCCCGAGCUUGUUAACAGAACUCAUCGGCAUGUCUAAACAAGGGGAUGAUUGCUACUUCUAUUUCUAUUCCACCUGUACCAAGGGAGACAACUGUUCAUUCCGCCACUGCGAAGCUGCCCUGGGAAAUGAGACCGUCUGCACGCUGUGGCAGGAAGGCCGUUGCUUCAGAAAUGUCUGCCGAUUCAGGCACAUGGAAAUUGACAAAAAGCGCAGUGAGAUCCCUUGCUACUGGGAGAACCAGCCAGUAGGCUGUCAGAAAGCAAACUGUGCCUUUCAUCACACCAAGGGUCGUUACAUCGACGGACUCUUCUUACCACCAAGCAAGACUACACUGCCAAGUCCACCUGAGUCCACGGAUGAUGAUUUGAAAGUGGCUCAGAUGUCACUGCAGCAAAACAAACUUUCUGUCCAGUCAAAUCCCUCUCCACAGCUAAGGGGGGUGAUGAAAGUGGAAAACUCUGAAAAUGUCCCAAGCCCUACACACCCUCCAGUUGUAAUCAAUGCUGCAGAUGAUGAUGAAGAUGAUGAUGACCAGCUUUCCGAGGAAGGAGAAGAAACUAAAACUCCUGCCCAGCAACCAGCAACAGAAGGCCAUAAUGGCUUACGGGUGAUUUCCUCUCGGAAAGGCAGUGCUACUACUGCUAAAGAAGAGGGCGAUCUGAAUUUUAAAAUAAAAACACUUGAAGAAAUAAAAUUGCAGAAGAUGAAGGACAAAACUAAGAAAGACAGUGAAGUUCCUUCAAGGUCUUCUCUUCCCCCUGUCGAUUCUAUGAUUUUUCCUGCUCCGGAAAAGGAAAAUGCACGGACAGUGGUUCGAACUGUGACACUGUCUACAAAGCAAGGGGAAGAUCCUGUGGCUCAACUUGAUCUGGAUGAGAACCAAGGAAAACGGAAAGCCUCCAUGACUGAGGUAAGCACCCUUCCGGCAAAGCGCAGCCUUGCUGAAAGGCUGGGAAAGAAGGUGGAGGUUCCAGGAAAUGCGGACAAAGCACCUAAGAAAGUUCAAGUUCCCAAGUCUCUGAAGGAGAGACUCGGAUUACCCUCUGAGCAGACAACAGGGAAGGCUGCUAAGCCCAAGGGAGAAAUCCAUGUAAAAACAUUGGAGGAAAUCCGCCGAGAGAGAGCGCUUCAAAGACAAGAAACUCAAGCGAAAGCCCAGGCUGAAGGGCACGGUAAAACCGAAGAUCCCAGCGCAGGGGCGAGACCUGCUCCUGCACUGCGCAUCAAGACGUUCUCUGAAGCCCUGGCUGAAAAAAAGAACAAUCGCUUGGUAGAAGAGAAUAAAAGGGCGGGAGAGUCCCAUACUAAGAUCAAAAUUCAGGGUGAGCCCAGGAAGCUGUGUGUGUCAAAGGAGCCGGCAGUUAAAGUCAAGCUGGAAGGAGAAGUGCACGUUAAAACAUUGGAAGAAAUAAAGCGUGAGAAAGCUCUGCGGAUGCAGGAGAGUGCACGAAAUACGCCAGCUCCCCCAGCACAACCUGGACCUGCCCCAGCAGGGCAGAAGUCGUUACAGAUCACAAAGCUGACAGCACCUGAUAAGGAAGAAAAGAAGAUAGUGGAAUUGAACCGGCCUUUCCCUAAACCUUACUCCGUACCUGACGUACAGCCCCCUCAACAGAGCGGAAGUCAUGCUAAAUUUCAAGUUAAAAGCAUUGACGAGAGACUGUGUGAGGAGCGGCAACGGAGGGAACAGCAAGAGAAGCUACGGAAAGAGGCAGCUGAUGUCCCAUCUACGGCUGGCUUCUCUGCUCCUGUACCAGCAGGGACAGAGGCAGCUCAACUUCAGGAGCAAGAAGCUAAAACCAACAGUACCGUGUGUGCGAAGCCUUCAGAGGGUAAAGUCGCAUCACCCAAGAAGAAGGCGCUGAAGCGUAAAGCACCUGGAAAUUAUCCAUCUGCUGUAGCAGCAGUAAAACCACUGACUGCUUUUGACCCUGACAUGAUGGGACCUCCAGCCAAAAGAGCAGCAAUGGCUGUUCCAGCCGUGGCGGAGCAUGUUCCAGCAACCAGACCAGAAAAUCCCCCAAACAGACCUGAAACCUGUCUAGGAGGCCAGGCAAGAUCUCUGGAGCAUACGGAGUUCUCUAGCUCCACUUCGGCUUCCCAGCUAGGAGAAGUGAGGACUCGCCGGCAAAGUUCCACAGGAAACGCCACCUUAUCUGUGGAAGAGGAUUUUGAGAAUUUACUUUGGGAAAUUUCAGGAGGCAGACUGGAAGCUGAGCUGGAAUUGGACGCUGGGAAGGAUGAGGAUGACCUCCUCCUUGAACUUUCAAAGAUGAUUGAUAGUUGAACCGCAUAGUCCUAUAGUAUAUUUAAAAAAAAAAAAAUUAAAUCUGUUCUUCUUGUUGGAUACCCCGAGGUGAUCCUUUUUCUAACCGAGGCUUUGCAAUGAGACUUAAAGCACAGUUUGAACUGGUAGAAAUUGGCAGGAUCUGCACUCCGUUGCCCUAAGUUUCCCUGCUGGUCAGAGUUAAGGCCUUGUGCACCCGUUCUGUAACUCUAGGUGGCUACCUUUGCUAUCAAGAGGACAAAGCACUUCUUUCUUUUGGCACGGAAAGAUGUCCAUCGGCACGCUGUGGUGGCUGUCAAUUGAUCUACUGAUUGAGCGAUGCUCUGAAGGCUUAAACGUAGAGCUUCUUCCUUCCUCCCCCCUUGGCACAACUCGAUGGUGGGCGCAUUGUGAAGCUUCGGUGUUCUGAUUUCUCGGACAGUUGAUACCCAAAUCCUGGAGUUACUAUGUCAACUCUUGACUUUUAUUUGUGUAUGCCAUUGUUUUGACUGUACUCUUUUCAGAUGAUGAAGCUGUAGGGGUGGGAGGGAGCAGAAUCACUAUUCUAGCGUUUUGGACCAAACGUGCUGCCAGGAGGGGGGGGGGGGUCAGCCCAUCCAGCCUUACUUUCAAUUAUCAGGGAUGAUAAAAUGGUGUGCAAAGCAGCAGCUCUGUGAUACGGCUACGCUGCCCCCAUUCCCUUCUCUUGUGCUGUACCAAAGUCCCGCAAGCUUUGGUUGGUGCUUUUUGCUGGCGACAGCAGGACUCCAGGGCGAGUAGUCGGGACUCUUCUGCAGGAACUGGGUCAAUUAAGGGUUGGUUUAAGUGCCUCUUGGUUUUAAAAAUUGCUCCCCCUGAGCUGCUGGCUCUGCUGCCUGCUACAGCAAAUGUUGGCGUGCCGUCAGCGUUGCACUUGGUGGUGGGCACUGACCCUGCGGAGGAUAGCUGAGACUCGGCUGCCUUGCGUGCCCUGCCGCCAGUGAUCGUUUUCCCCUAGCAGAUCUAUUUUGAAUUAUUUUCUUAAAUUUUAGAGGAACGUUAGGCUCUUCGUGCUAUGAUUUGUGAAGCUGUAGGGGCCCUCAGGCAUUUGCUGCUGGCAGAGGAAAAUCGCUUGUUGAAUUUGUUGUAAAUACUUUGUUUGGACAA